GCGGCUGGCGCAACAGCUUCAAGCUCCGAAUCUGCGUUGUCCCGGCAAGACCAUUCGCAUCAGAGGCGGCAGCGUCAUCGAAGGCACCAACAUGCGGUACACAGUGCCGGCUGUGGCAGUUAUGAUAGAAGCCUUGGAAGCUACUACCAGUAUCAAGACUGGACCUGGCAUAACAGCCCAUGGCAAGUGUGGCCAACUUGGGUGGCCUUUCCUGACGGCAGAUGGCCACAACCAGAACCGGCUGCUGCAUAUGCUGAGCAACAGCCUGCAGAUACCGGCGGCGGCCAGGGACAGCUGGACCCACUGAUCUCAGAAUCGGCCGAGCUGCAGUCCACAGAGGAGGUGCUCGUGGUACCAGACCC